UGAAGCAGUGGGCUGAUCGCAACCAGGAAGUGUUUUGGAGAAGCGUCACUUCUUCCGGGACAUGCUGUAUGUAGUACUGUGUUGUUAUAACGAUGGUUCUGCGUUCUCUUAUGUGCUGCAGUUAAAUGAGGGCGGAGCCAAUCAUCUCUCAAGUAGCUGUCCUGGAAGGUUCCUGGAAAUACUGUUACCGGUUUAAAUCUGAUUUUCCAAGUCAAACGGGCCACUUUAUCAGUUCAUGCACCAUGAUGCCUGGGGAGAAUCCCUCAAAGGUUGCAGGAAUUGCGUCAGAAGCAGCAGGAUCUUGUCAGAACUGUACAUCCUUACAGCAGAAUUUGAAUGAAUAUGUUGCCGCAUUAAUAACUCUCAAGCAAAAGAUUAUUGAUUCAGACCACCUGCUCGCUGAGUAUCAACAUAAAUGUGAUGAUCUAAGGGAUGCAGAAAGGGAGAAUAAAACUCUGAGAUAUCAACUAGAACAAAUGUUGCAGAAAAUAUCCCCCUGGGAGCAAACAGAAGAACAACUAAAAUCUUUUAGAAUUGAACUGGAAAAAAAGACAUCUGUACUAGACGUGGUUCAUCAGUCUCAACUGGAAAUUGUCGGAGUGAAGAAAGAGUGCAAAAAGUGUAAUAUGGUAAAGAAGAAACAUCAGGCAAAAAUAAAGAAAACAGAAGCGGUUGCUUCAAAGCAUAUCAAGCGUGUUAAACAGUUGCAACAAGAAAAGAGAAUCAUUGAGAGGGAACUAAAGAAAAUACAGGUAAAAUGGAAAAAACUUGGUGAUGUCCAGAAUAAAAGUAUGAAAAAUGCACAAACACAAGUUGCAAAAGAUCAACCAGUUGUGAAGUUAGAUAAAAAAAAAAUCAGAAUUUUGCUGGAAGAACUUUGGGAUUGCAUAGAGUCCUCGACCGAAAACAGUGAUGGGGAUAAACCUAAGUUGGAAACCAAUUUAGGAAAAGGAAAGCACCUCCAGAUCCCUGAUGAUCACACACCUUCUCUUAAGCAUUUUAAUCCUUCAACGUUAAGUUGCAAGUUUGACACCUUCUCUGAAGUGGUUGUUGUAAAUGCAUCAAAUGAUUCUACUGACUGUAAAAAAUCACAUGAAAUUCAUACCUGCAAGGAUGCAUAUAAUGAAUACCAGCAAUUUCAGACAGAGACAACAGUAAAAGAUGUGUUUGUACUACAAGAUUUAAAUGACAGCCACUUGGGAAAUUCUGAUAAUGAAUGUGACAUCGAAGAACUUUCACAAAUAAUGUGCUGGGCAAAACCUCUCCCACAUCUUUUAUCUCCUUUACAAUUUUCUCCGUUUACCACAAAGUAUGUUUUUGGAGAAUUUACAGAUUCAAGCGAUAAUGAAGGCUCUGAUGAGAGAAAUAAAGCAAAAGGCAGUACAUCACUGGAAAGGAAGCAAAAUUGUGUUCAAGACCAGACCAAUUUUGUCCCAUGUCCAGAAGAAGGAAAUGUAACUGAGGAUUGUAAACAAAAUGUUGAAUUUGGAAGAAAUGUGAAAUAUGACAGGAUAUCUAUAGUUGAAGAUUGCCUCACAUCUCAGUCUGAAUUUUGUUCUAAUUAUAAGGGUGAACUCACUACAGAAAUGGAAACAGACAAAAAAGAUAUAGAAAUAACUCCAAUGCAUAUUGAAGUCAGCUUUGGUGUUGCCAGUAACACAUUGACAACAAAUGUUUUAACAGAACAAAAUCCAUCAGAAAAGGAGCAUUCUGCUGUCAACAGAGAAAAUAGCUUUGAAAAAUCUUUAGAAUGGUAUAAUAACCAGAACGAUCCAGUAAGAAAUGUGGACCGCAUUGAUCAUUCUGAAGUUGAAUUACUAAAACACAGCUCUAGUGGUACAAUUGGUGACAUGACCAGCAUGCUGGAGCACCCGGUUGGUGGGGAUAUUGCAGGAAGAGUGGUAAUUGAAAACCUGCAUUGUUCUAAAGAAGAUCGUUCAAGUUCUGCCAGAUGUAAUAUGGUUGUCCAUCACAACCAAUCUUUAAAUGCUAAUGGGGUGUUAUUUUCUAAAGAUUCUCCUGUGCAUAACUGUAAUCUUGAUGAACACAAAUCUAUAAAAUCUUUGCAGGUGUAUAAUAUAAUUGGUGCUGAAGAAAACCAUGUUCCCAACAUUAUAACCAGUGCUGAAGAAAAUCAUGUUCACAACAAUUUAAGUGUACAUAAACUUAUGGAUAAUUCCAGUUAUGCCAUAAUAGACAGAAGUCAAGAUAAUUUACUCUUAUCUGCUCAACCUGAAAUGUAUUUAAAUGAAUUUCAUCAUCAUUUUAAUAAUGAUUCCAGAGAUUUGAAAGACUCCGAACAGUCAAGUUGUUUAGAAGAUGUUCACAAUAGAAAGCCUAAUAAUGGCACUUCAAUGGAUGGUGAAAUAUGUUUUGCUGCUCAAACAGUGCAACCUCUCGAUAAACUUAAAGAAAAAUCAGGGCAUUCAAGCAGUACACCUGUUGUACAAUUUGAAUAUAUAAAGUUGAUAAACCAGUAUUAUACUGACAAAAUUGAUAAAAUUGACCCAAAACACAUUCAGGAGUUACCUGUACAUAAAGCAAAUAUUUCACUAAAGCAAAAGUUGGCUUUGAGAAGACUUGCAGAUGGUGGGCAUUGUUACAAAGCAAGCUUUAAUGAACUUGGUUACGACAUGCAAGAUUCUUCAGAGAUCAUGCCAGCCUCAACACCAUUUAAUUUGGAUUCUAGUACAACAGACAAAGAAAACCAUUUGUCUGAAACUUUUGCUGACAAGGAUAGCACAUGCCUUUCUAUGGAGAAAUUGGAACAUGAAAGUAAAGGAAAUAUACUUGCUAGUCUACAGACUUGUGCAAUCAAAGCUAAAGAAUCCACGCAUAAAUCAGAUAGUACAAGCACAUCCCGUAUUGUAACUGAGCAGUGUAAAAUUGGUUCAGAGAAGGUUCAGCUGUGUUCCUCUGAUUCAAAUUUGUACACACUGGUCUCUUCAAAAGAGCAAAAAGCAGCUGUGGUAGAUAUACAACCAGUUAUAGCAACCCAACUAGAUAUCUGUUCUCAAAGUCAAGCAGUUGCUGACCAAUUAUGUUCUGCUAAGCACAAUCGAUCUUGCUCAACUUUUUUACUGCAUAACACUCUUUCUUCAAAUUUUGAUACUACUACUACUGCUGAUGGGUACCUAAAUAGACUGGAAGGAAAACCGUUUUUGACUUCAAAAGAUAUGCCUCAGCUGAGUGAUCAACAAUUUAUUAAAGUGUCAGUGGACCUCGUAACUGACAGCAGAGAUCAACUUGAUACUGUAAAUAAAGAUCUUUGUAAAGGAAUAAACCCAAAAAAGGAUAUUUGUGCUGAAUUGGACUCCACUUUGGAAAAAACAAACACUGUUUAUUCUUUGCAGUCUAACAGUGAAACCCUUCCUAAGACGUUUAAUCAGUCUACAGUAAUGCCUAUUUUCCCUCUAGAAGAAGAGCAACGUUUUAAUUUGUGUUCAGAUUCAACUAAGGUAGUAAAUAAAAUUGCUAAAGAAACAGAUGCAAAUCAAGAUGCAUGUAGUGCUUCCUUGGAUAGUAGUGAAGAAGAGAAUUUUGUCAUACGUAAAGUCAGCUAUGCAAAAGCAGUCUCCAACAACCCUGUGAAUUUAAAGAAAUAUAGUAAGGGUGCUUUAGAAAGUUUAGAGGAGAAAGUCUGUAAUGUACAUUUGGAAUCAAAUAACUCUCCAUGUAAGCCUAUAAUUACUCAGAGGGUGGACAUAGAAUGUGCAGGUGAUUUGGCUGCAUUUGUUACUUCUGAAAAUGACUCUUUUUCUUCAAAAACUCAAAAUGGCAUCUUGAUGGAGCAUGAAUCUUUGGUUACAUGUGACUUAAUUGUAGAUCAGGAAAAUUACAAAAGUAAUAGUAAAAAUAAUGGGGAUCAAUAUUCUUGCGAAAAAGAAAACGAAACAACUAUUUUAGAGGAAUGUGAAAAACAGAAGGAAAAGCUGGUAUCUGAAAAUAUUCAAUAUGACAAUAACACUGAUCAAAAAUUAUUGGAUACUAUAGAGAAUGAGGGCAAACAAACAUUUCCAGUUAAGAAUUUCAUAUGGAAUUUUGAAAGGCCUGAAGAGUCAGUUGACCCUGGAGCUAUUUCUGGAAAACAUAAAACAAGAGGAAAUCUAAAAAUGCUACAUGGUGGUUCAAAUAACUCAUUUCAUAGGACUGCUUUUAACAUAGAGGAAAGGACAAACCGCAACAGGUCCCACAAGGUAAAAUAUUCUAAUAUUGUUUGUCAAGCUGUAACUAAAGAAAACCACCAACGAAAGCUUUCUCGAGGUGAGCAAAGUUUACAAGAUACACAUGUGGGAGAAACUGUGCUUGCAAAUGCUGAUACAUCAACCAACUCAGAUCACUCACCAGAAACUAUUACUAAAGUGAGAUCAGAAAUGGGCCCUCCAUUGCCUCCUUUGCUAGGUCCUUUGUUGGCAACUCCUCCGAAAAGUAUACACCCUCUGUCACCUUUUUUAUCAUCUUCAAGUUGUUCAUCUUUACCAUCUCCUCUUGAUGACUUGAUUUCUCCUUUGCCAGGCACUCCAUUUCCACGACAUGUGUCGUCUUUGACUAGUGGGCGCAAGCAAAAAUCUCCAGUACUUGCCACCCCUUCACCUGCUGAGAAAGCAAACAAAAGAAUUUUGUCUUCUCCUUUGCAGUUUUGUGCUGCCACACCAAAGCAUGCUCUCCCUGUGCCAGGAAGAUUUCCUCUUUCUGCAUCUGGUAGCUCUUCAAACAAUGUUCAAGAGAAUUCUGUCAAAAUUCUAGACACAAUGUACCCAGAAUUAUCUGCACGAGCAAGAACGUUAAACAUCCUAAAAGGUAAUGUUCAGCUAAGCCGAAGUUUGCCUAGAGAUGGCAAGAAUUUGUCUGUCAGCCAAAUAACUGGGUUCAAAUCUAUUACAUCCACUUCUACAGUAUUUAUAAAACCUGGGGGCAAUUCAAAUGUUGACAGUAGUAAAGACAAAUUGAGCAGUUCUGAGAAUCAACAGAAAUCCACGAGCAUUGGUUCCUCAAGUGAACAAACUACUGAUGCCUUCCUAAUGCCUAGAAGUGCCAAAAGGCUUCGACUGGACACAGAGUCCCCAGUUAUAGAAACUAUAAAAAACUGUUCCACAACACCUACAAACAAUGACCCAGAAGGGCAGAAAUGUCAAGAGUCUUGCCACAAUAUAGGUUAUUGUGAGCUGCUUCCAGAUGUUGUGAAAGACAGCAGUAUUGAUGAAGAUAUUAUAACUAAGGCUCUUAAAAAAAUUGAGGACUUGUGUUUUGAUCUUCUACCAGUAAUUAGAAGCCAUGUCCAUGUGGGAACCAUUCCCAAAGUUCCUGUAAUGAGGAAUGAGGAAAAAGAAGCCAUUUAUGAAUUCAGCACCUCUAAAAAAAGUUUAGCAGAUCGUUUUCUUCAAGUUGUUUUAAAUAAAAUCAGAACUGGAAAGAGAUCAAUAGCCCCAACAUAUCUUCAGGCCCUUUGCAGGGUUUAUGUGGGAUUGUGUCGUCAGCUCGGAAAUAUUGAAAGAGCACGGAUUCUCUGUUAUAGCAUACUUAAAGAAGAUUUUCCAGACCCUGACAGAUUGCUACUGUUCAUUGUGAGCUCAUGGAAUGAUAUCUUUUCUACAUAUGGAGUUGUCAGUAAAGCAAUACAGGCUGUAUUGAAUAACUUGGCAGAGGAUGAUGUUGGCUCUUGUCUGAGUGCCUACCUUAACUGGGGAAAGGUCCAACCCAUGAGUGUAACUGUACUCCUGUCCAGCAUUUUAAUGGCAGUACAGCUUUAUCCUGAUGGGAAGUUUCAACAGAGUAAGCAGUAUGGAGAAGAUUUAACAGAUAGCAUUUGGGAAUAUGUCUUUGCAGUUGAUUUGCUUUGCAGUCACCGUAAAUGGGUUUGGACACAUGAUAAGAUCAUAAGUAAAGAAUUGUGGCCCCUACUGGAUAAAUGGGUGAAGCGUAAAAAAGGCAAUCCUAAUGUCUCAUUUGUCUCUGAUAUCCUUGUCGCUACAGUACUUCGUCUAGUAGGGCACCUGUGUCAAAUGGGUUUAAAGGAAGGCUUUGUUACUGCUGUAAAAAACAUUGGCGCUGUUAUCACUGCAUUUCUACAACAUGCUAAUGAAGAAGGUAUGCCUUGGGGAGUGCAAUUGGCCUGUGUGUACAUGCUUUUUGACUUGGCGCCAAGCGACCCAGCUGCAAUAUACAAGACACUACAAGCCUGGAAAGAGUGUGCAAAGAGUGACAUCCCACCAGCAGUUGCAAGCUGUAUGCAGGAACUGGAAUCCAUGUGUGGACUCAUAAAGUGACUUGGUAUAAUACCAUCUUGGAGGUGCAAAGCGAUCCUGAAUUUAGUCUCCGCACUUAUGGAAGGAAGUGCCUCUUCUUCAUCCAUGUAUUAGUUUGCACUUUGUUAUGUAGAUAAAAAUCUAUUACCAUUUGAACAUUUUUUAUAUAUAUUUUUUUUUUCUAGUCUGCAAAGCAGAAACAGAAAAUUGUAUGCCUGUACAUUAUAAAUAUUGCUUGUAAAGUUUUUGUAUAAUAAAUUUAGAAAAUCUAUUGUAA